UCCACCAGCUUCAGUCAGGCAUUCAAGGCCCUUGUCAGCCACCCUGGCACCCACACAAACUGGCCUCACCCACCUCCUCACCCUUGCCAGGCUUUUCCCACCGUUGCCGGUGACUUCACCUGACUAGUCCUGCUGCCGGAAGGGCCCUGCUUAGCCUCUGGGGCCAGUUCGUGGUACCUCCCCUGGGACUCUUGGCCAUGCUGCUCCCAACGGGGCAGCUCGCUGAACUCAGGAACACACAGCCCUCUGGGCAGCACUGUGGAGGUUUGUCCUGACUGCCUAUCGCGGGGUCUGGACACGGGAGUCACCUACCCUGGCACCUGGCUCCACUCGCUCUCCUUACUACCGUGGGGUUCUGAGGGUUAUGCGAGUCCCAGUCCGGGCUCCCCUCCCCUUCAUGGUGCAUGGCAGCCAGGCUCGCCAUCUGCAGUGUUCGGAGUUACCAGGAAGGACUUGGAACGGGGACCUGACAGCACCAUCUCUCCCAAGCGCUCUGUGUCAACACCUUGCCACCCUUGUCCCCAGCAGACCCACCCCAAUCCCCUAUGCCUCUCCCACUCAGCUGCCCAGCCACCACCUUCCGUCCGGGAUGCAUACAGUAAUGCCCCCGCAGGUCUCCUGGGCCACACAUCCUCAAGGCCCUGUGUCCUUACCUCUCAGCCCGUUCCUCUCACACCCCAGCUCUUCCCCACCUUGACUAGCCUCUUCUAUCCGCAGCUAAACUGUCACUCCUACAGGAACCUUCCCAGCGAGAGCCCCAGCCUGAGCUCUCGCCCAUGGCCCAGGUUUCCUUCAGGGAGCGUAUGACACCGUGAACCUCACGCUUCCUUGCCAACAGGUUCCUGUGUGGACACCAGAAAGGAAGGGGCGUGUGUCUGUCCUCUCCCGCUGUCCUCGGCAUCCAGGCCGCCGCUGAGCGGAUGGGGCGUGUGUGACUGAGUAGUCGUGCCCCCGAGUAAACGCUGCAGUGUGAUUCUGAGCCAGUCACUGACCUCUCUGGGCCUCGCCUUCCUCCCCUGGUCCUCACCACCCCAGCUUUGGGGAAUUGGGCAAAUACUGGCCGUAGAACCUGGGAGGAGCGAUCCAGCUCAUCGCCAAGCCUGAGCUGCCUCCUCUGCCUCCACUCACACUCGCCCAGCUGCGUCCCAGGCUUCCCUCACGCUCAGCCACCCACGCAGCACCUCCUCCCGGCCCCACCUGCCAACCCUCCCAGUUGCGUGAGGUGGAGCAGCCAGCUUUCAGGACACCCCAGACUCCCAGGCGCACACCAUGGGGGGGCUGAGGCCCUGGGCUCGAUACGGGCUACUGAUCGUGGCUCACCUGCUGGCUCUGGGCCUUGGGGCUGCGGUGCUCCAGGCCCUGGAGGGGCCCCCAGCACGCCGGCUCCAGGCCCAGCUCAGGGCCGAGCUGGCCACUUUCCAGGCGGAGUACGGGGCAUGCUUGCCAACCGGGGCACUGGAGGAGCUGCUGGGCACCGCCCUGGCAGCCCAGGCCCAUGGGAUCUCCAGCCUGGGCAAUGUCUCAAAGGCUGGGAACUGGGAUCUGCCCUCAGCCCUGCUCUUCACCGCCAGCAUCCUCACCACCACGGGUUACGGCCACAUGGCCCCGCUCUCAGCAGGUGGAAAGGCCUUCUGUGUGGUCUACGCGGCCCUGGGGCUGCCAGCUUCCCUAGCACUUGUGGCCACACUGCGCCACUGCCUGCUGCCUCUGCUCAGCUGCCCGGUUGCCUGGGUAGCUGUCCGCUGGCAGCUGACCCCAGCCAGGGCCGCGCUGCUGCAGGCACUUGGACUGGGCCUGCUAGUGGCCGGUAUCUUCGUGCUGCUGCCAGCGCUGCUGCUGUGGGGUCUGCAGGGCGACGACAGCCUGCUGGAGGCCAUCUACUUCUGCUUCGGCUCACUCAGCACCAUCGGCCUGGGGGACCUGCUGCCUGGUCGUGGCCGUGACCUGAAUCCAGUGCUUUACCACCUUGGCCAGAUCGCACUUCUCGGCUACUUGCUCCUGGGGCUCCUGGCCAUGCUGCUGGCAGUGGAGACGUUUUCGGAGCUGCCACAGGCCCGUGCCUUGGUGAAGUUCUUUGGGUCCAGUGGCCCUUUGACUGCUGAGGACCAAGGUGGCAUCCUGGGUCAGGAUGAACUGGCCCUCAGCACCCUGCCCCCCUCAACUGCAGCCCCAGAACAGGCCCCCGCCUGCUGACAGGUGUUCGGUGAUGGAGUUAACUCCUUUCAGGUGAAGAAGCCCGAGGGGAAUUCUCUAGAGAUGAAGGGGAAGCAUGGAUAUGAGAACCUCAGAGAAUAAAAUGUUAACAAAAAAUAAAAUGGUUGCCCUAG